GAUUCUGUCAGGCGCUGGCGGCGGCAGUAGCGGUGACGGCUGCGGCCCCGCUCCCUCUCCCCGGCCCGACCCGGCUCUGCCCACGCGCCCAAGCCCCACCAAGCCCCCCGCCCUCCCGCCGCGGUCCCAGCCCGGGGCGCGGCCGCAACCAACACCAUGCUCCCGGCAGCCCUGCUGCUCCUGCCCUCGCUGCUGGCACUCCUAGCUCACGGACGCUCUUCAGAGGCCCCAACCAUGGGGAAAGGACAAGCCCCAGGCAUCGAGGAGACAGAUGGCGAGCUGACAGCAGCCCCCACACCUGAGCAGCCAGAACGAGGCGUCCACUUUGUCACAACAGCCCCCACCUUGAAGCUGCUCAACCACCACCCGCUGCUUGAGGAAUUCCUACAAGAGGGGCUGGAGAAGGGAGAUGAGGAGCUGAGACCAGCACUGCCCUUCCAGCCUGACCCACCUACGCCCUUCACCCCGAGUCCCCUUCCCCGCCUAGCCAACCAGGACAGCCGCCCUGUCUUUACCAGCCCCACUCCAGCCACGGCUGCGGUACCCACCCAGCCGCAGUCCAAAGAGGGACCCUGGAGUCUGGAGUCAGAGCCCCCUGUGCUUCGAAUCACAGCUCCCCUACCUCCAGGGCCCAGCAUGGCAGUGCCCACCCUAGGCCCCGGGGAGAGACCCAGCACUACAGCCCCCAGCAGAGCCUGGACACCAACCCAAGAGGGUCCUGGAGACAUGGGAAGGCCAUGGGUUCCAGAGGUUGUGUCCCAGGGCGCAGGGAUUGGGAUCCAGGGGACCAUCGCCUCCUCCACAGCUUCAGGAGAUGAUGAGGAGACCACCACCACCACCACCAUCAUCACCACCACCAUCACCACAGUCCAGACACCAGGCCCCUGUAGCUGGAAUUUCUCAGGCCCAGAGGGCUCUCUGGACUCCCCUACAGACCUCAGCUCACCCCCUGAUGUUGGCCUGGACUGCUUCUUCUACAUCUCUGUCUACCCUGGCUAUGGUGUGGAAAUCAAGGUCCAGAAUAUCAGCCUCCGGGAAGGGGAGACAGUGACUGUGGAGGGUCUGGGGGGGCCUGACCCACUGCCCCUGGCCAACCAGUCUUUCUUGCUGCGGGGUCAAGUCAUCCGCAGCCCCACCCACCAAGCGGCCCUGAGGUUCCAGAGCCUCCCGCCACCGGCUGGCCCUGGCACCUUCCAUUUCCAUUACCAAGCCUAUCUCCUGAGCUGCCACUUUCCCCAUCGCCCAGCUUAUGGAGAUGUGACUGUCACCAGCCUCCACCCAGGGGGUAGUGCCCGCUUCCAUUGUGCCACUGGCUAUCAGCUGAAGGGCGCCAGGCGUCUCACCUGUCUCAAUGCCACCCAGCCCUUCUGGGAUUCAAAGGAGCCCGUCUGCAUCGCUGCCUGCGGCGGAGUGAUCCGCAACGCUACCACCGGCCGCAUAGUCUCUCCAGGCUUCCCGGGCAACUACAGCAACAACCUCACCUGUCACUGGCUGCUUGAGGCUCCUGAGGGCCAGCGUCUACACCUGCACUUUGAGAAGGUUUCCCUGGCAGAGGAUGAUGACAGGCUCAUCAUUCGCAAUGGGGACAACGUGGAGGCCCCACCGGUGUAUGAUUCCUAUGAGGUGGAAUACCUGCCCAUUGAGGGCCUGCUCAGCUCUGGCAAACACUUCUUUGUCGAGCUCAGUACUGACAGCAGCGGGGCAGCUGCAGGCAUGGCCCUGCGCUAUGAGGCCUUCCAACAGGGCCAUUGCUAUGAGCCCUUUGUCAAAUACGGCAACUUCAGCAGUAGCGCACCCACCUACCCUGUGGGUACGACUGUGGAGUUCAGCUGCGACCCUGGCUACACCCUGGAGCAGGGCUCCAUCAUCAUCGAGUGUGUUGACCCCCACGACCCCCAGUGGAAUGAGACAGAGCCAGCCUGCCGAGCCGUGUGCAGCGGGGAGAUCACAGACUCAGCUGGUGUGGUGCUCUCUCCCAACUGGCCAGAGCCCUACGGUCGUGGGCAGGAUUGCAUCUGGGGUGUGCACGUGGAAGAGGACAAGCGCAUCAUGCUAGACGUCCGAGUGCUGCGCAUAGGCCCUGGUGAUGUACUUACCUUCUAUGAUGGGGAUGACCUGACAGCCCGGGUCCUGGGCCAGUACUCAGGGCCCCAUAGCCACUUCAAGCUCUUUACCUCCAUGGCUGAUGUCACCAUUCAGUUCCAGUCGGACCCCGGGACCUCAGUGCUGGGCUACCAGCAGGGCUUCGUCAUCCACUUCUUUGAGGUGCCCCGCAAUGACACAUGUCCGGAGCUGCCUGAGAUCCCCAAUGGCUGGAAGAGCCCAUCACAGCCUGAGCUAGUGCACGGCACUGUGGUCACUUACCAGUGCUACCCUGGCUACCAGGUGGUGGGAUCCAGUGUCCUCAUGUGCCAGUGGGACCUGACUUGGAGUGAGGAUCUGCCCUCAUGCCAGAGGGUGACUUCCUGCCAUGACCCCGGAGAUGUGGAGCACAGCCGACGCCUCAUAUCCAGCCCCAAGUUUCCUGUGGGGGCCACCGUGCAAUAUAUCUGUGACCAGGGUUUUGUGCUGACGGGCACCUCCAUCCUCACCUGCCAUGAUCGCCAGGCUGGCAGCCCCAAGUGGAGUGACCGGGCCCCUAAAUGUCUCUUGGAACAGCUCAAGCCAUGCCAUGGUCUCAGUGCCCCUGAGAAUGGUGCCCGAAGUCCUGAGAAGCGGCUACACCCAGCAGGGGCCACCAUCCACUUCUCUUGUGCCCCUGGCUAUGUGCUGAAAGGCCAGGCCAGCAUCAAGUGUGUGCCUGGGCACCCCUCGCAUUGGAGCGACCCACCACCCAUCUGUAGGGCUGCCUCUCUGGAUGGGUUCUACAACAGCCGCAGCCUGGAUGUUGCCAAGGCGCCUGCUGCCUCCAGCACCCUGGAUGCUGCCCACAUUGCAGCUGCCAUCUUCUUGCCACUGGUGGCGAUGGUGGUGUUGGUAGGAGGUGUAUACUUCUACUUCACCAGGCUCCAGGGAAAAAGCUCCUUGCAGCUGCCCCGCACACGCCCCCGCCCCUACAACCGCAUUACCGUAGAGUCAGCGUUUGACAAUCCAACUUACGAGACUGGAUCUCUUUCCUUUGCAGGAGACGAGAGAAUAUGAAGUUUCCAUCUAGGUGGGGACAGCCUAGGGAAGCCAACUCAGACCUGCACCACAGUCCAGCAGCAAGGCUCCUUGUUUCCUGCUGUCCCUCCACCUCCUGUACAUACCACCUGGGAGGAGAUGCCACCAAUCCCUCAAGAAGUUGUGCCCUUCCCUGCCUGCAAUGCCCACCAUGGCCUAUUUUCUUGGUGUCAUUGCCCACUAGGGGCCCUUCUUUGGGCCCAUGUCAUGGGGCAUCUACCUGUGGACAGAACACAGCUGGAGCACAAGCAACAACAGCUAGCAUCCUGAGCCUUGUCAUGCCCUGGACCAGCCUGGAACACACAAGCAGAGCAGGAGUACCUUUCUCCAUAUGACCACCAUCCUGCCCUGGCAUAGCAACCUGCAGCAGGGUCGACUUGACCAUGGUGGAAACUGCACCAGGGUGCUCCUCACAGGGCCAUCACCAAUGGCCAAAACUCCUCUCAAUGAUGACCUCUGGGUAGUCCUGGCAUGCCAACAUCAGUCUCUUGGGAGGUCUCUAGUUCUCUAAAGUUCUGGACAGUUCCGCCUCCUGCCCUGUCCCAGUGGAGGCAGUAAUUCUAGGAGAUCCUAAGGGGUUCAGGGGGACCCUACCCCCAUGUCAGGUUGGGCUUCCCUGGGCACUCAUGCUCCACACCAAAGCAGGACACCCCAUUCUCCAUGACCGCCCUAUACCCUGAGGAGAGGGAGACUUUCCUCCGAUGUUUAUUUGGCUAUUACAAACAUCUUCAUCCCAAUAGUCCCUCCUCCAAUUCCAGCCACUUGUCAGGCUCUCCUCUUGGCCACUGUGUUAUGGGAUAAGGGGAGGGGCUGGGCAUAUUCUGGAGAGGAGCAGAGGUCCAAGGAUGCAGGAAUUUGGCAUGAAACAGGUGGUAGGAGAGCCCCAGAGAGACACCCAGGAGCUAGCUGAAAACCACUUUGUACAUGUAAUGUAUUAUAUGGGGUCUGGCCUCCAGCCAGAGAACAAUCUUCUAUUUCUGUUGUUUCCUUACUAAAAUGGUGUUUUUGGAAAAAAAAAAAAAAAAAAAAA